CCACCGCGCCCCCGCGUGCCGCAGCCCUCGCCGUCUGCCACCGCGCGCCUCCGUCGCCCCGCGCCGCUGUCGCCACCGCGCUCGCUGGCUGGCCAGGCGCGGGCGGCGGGCUCCCGCCGGGAGAGAGGACCGCCAGCGCUGCCGCCGCCGUUUCGGCCCGGGCGCGGGCGCCGGCCCCGCCCCGGGCCCCGGCCCCGGCCCCCCGCCCGGCCCGGAGAUGAAGUGUCACUACGAGGCGCUGGGGGUGCGGCGCGACGCCAGCGACGAGGAGCUCAAGAAGGCCUAUCGGAAGCUGGCCCUGAAAUGGCACCCAGAUAAAAAUCUAGAUAACGCCGCAGAAGCAGCUGAACAAUUUAAAUUAAUCCAAGCAGCAUAUGACGUGUUGAGUGACCCUCAGGAAAGAGCAUGUUUUUGUUUCAGGUAUGAUAAUCAUAGAGAGGCUCUACUUAAAGGUGGGCUUGAUGGAGAAUAUCAAGAUGACAGCUUAGAUUUGCUUCACUAUUUCACUGUAACCUGUUAUUCUGGCUAUGGAGAUGAUGAAAAGGGCUUCUAUACAGUGUAUCGCAAUGUUUUUGAAAUGAUUGCAAAGGAAGAACUAGAAUCUGUAUUAGAGGAGGAUGUUGAGGAUUUCCCAACUUUUGGAGACUCCCAGAGUGACUAUGAUACGGUAGUCCAUCCUUUCUAUGCGUAUUGGCAGAGUUUCUGCACUCAGAGGAAUUUUUCUUGGAAGGAAGAGUAUGAUACACGGCAAGCGUCAAACCGCUGGGAAAAACGAGCCAUGGAAAAAGAAAACAAAAAGAUCCGGGACAAGGCCAGGAAAGAGAAGAACGAGCUGGUCCGUCAGCUGGUGGCUUUCAUUCGUAAAAGGGAUAAAAGAGUGCAGGCACAUCGGAAACUUGUGGAAGAACAGAAUGCGGAGAAGGCGAGGAAGGCCGAGGAGAUGCGGCGGCAGCAGAAGCUGAAGCAGGCAAAACUGGCCGAGCAGUACAGAGAACAGAGCUGGAUGACUGUAGCCGACUUGGAGAAGGAGCUCCGAGAGAUGGAGGCACAGUACGAAAAGGAGUUUGGCGAUGGACCGGAUGAAAAUGAAACGGAGGAACACGAACUCAAAGAUCGACAGGAUGGGAAAGAUAGUGAUGAGACCGAGGAUGCCGAGCUUUAUGAUGACCUAUACUGCCCAGCGUGUGACAGAUCUUUCAAGACGGAAAAGGCCAUGAAGAAUCAUGAGAAGUCCAAGAAACAUCGGGAAAUGGUUGCCUUGUUAAAACAACAGUUGGAGGAGGAGGAAGAAAAUUUUUCAGGACCUCAAUUUGAUGAAAAUCCAUUGAAUGACAAUUCUGAGGAAGAAAUGGAAGAUGCACCAAAACAAAAGCUUUCUAAAAAACAGAAGAAAAAGAAACAGAAGCCAGCACAGGAUUAUGAUGACAAUUUCAAUGAAAAUGGAACUGGAGAAAGAGUAAAGAUUGACCCAGAAGAUCCUAACUUAAAUCAAGACAAUGCCAAAGAAUUGGAAACUAGUUCCCAAGAAAAUGCUGGUGUAACAGAGACCAUUGAACCACGUGAUGAUGCAAAAAGUGAGGCUAAAAGUGUUCCUAAACCCAAAGGAAAGAAAACCAAAGAUAUGAAAAAAACUGUCAAGGUACCUGCGGAACCACAGACAGUGACUGAUAUCCUUAUCAGCUGUACAACCUGCCAUAGUGAAUUUCCAUCUCGGAAUAAACUUUUUGAACAUCUGAAGGCCACGGGUCAUGCAAGAGCACCUUCGUCAUCAUCUUUAAACAGUGUAACAAGUAGUCGAAGCAAGAAGGAAAAACGUAAAAACAGAUAGAAAUUCUGCCUACACAUUUUCUUUUUUUUUUUUUACUAUCUGGAUUUCGAAACCAAAAAACUGAACUGAAAUCAUCCAAAAAGUUAAAAUUUCAGUGAUCUGCAAUUUAUUGCAUUGUGGAAGAUUAUUUUUUACUUAUAAAAGCAUUUUUUUUUGUUUAAUAUAUAUUUUUUAAACAUUUCAUUAGUGAUUGAAUUCUACUUUUGCCAUCCGAUUGACUUGAAUGUCUCAGAGCAGGUAAAUACUGUAAAGUGUGUAUUCUUGAUUGCUGCUGGUUCAUGUGGACAGAAAUAAACAGGGAGAAUUAAAUUAUUUUAACACAUAACAAGUGCCCCUUUCUGCUUUAUUUUUUGAAUUGCACAUUAAGUAUUCUUAAUUUAUUGAAUUCUUUUGUAUUUUUUAGGCUUCAUAAUCUGCCAAUAACUCAGAUCUCUUUAAAAUCAUUAUGGAUUUUUUUUCUACCUGACACCAUGACUUAAAAUUUUUUUUCUAAAUAACCAGUUGUUGAUUAUAUUUUCUCCCCUCAAGAGCAGUGAUAGGUAGAAACUAAUUGAACAUACAUAAUGUCUUUUAAGAAUAAUCUCUAAGGUUUGACUGUGUUGCUGUAAUUUGAUAUUUUACUGGUAGUUAUCUCCAAGAGACAUCUUUUGGUUUUUUGCUCCAAUUUGGAUUGUGGAGGUGGAAGCAAAUUAAUUUACAUGGCACUUCCUUGCUAGGCAUGAUGACAGCUGUAAAGUCUAAUGGAGCAAGGUAGCAGAUGGUCCAGAAUUUUUACUGACUUUAACAAGGGAGGUGCUCUUCAUUGAGUUUUUUUCUUCACUAUUUUCAAAAGGUUUGUUCUGGGUUUUUUUUUUCCAUCAUUCAGUGGAGAAAAACUUUCUUAAUGAAAUAUUUGGGGAUAGGGCUAAUACUUAUGCUGUCUAUUCUGUGGCAAUGAUGAAUAUUAAAAGAAAUAUGGAGAAUCAUUAUAAUUGAGUAUAACCAAGUACAUCGAUCAGUGAUGAGUCAGUUUUUAUUUAGGAUGAAUUAAGUAGGCAGUUGAUCUUAAAAAGUGACUUUAAACUCACACUGGCUUGAAAUGUACUUUCUGUUCAGUGACGUUACUACUUUCCAUAUGUCCUAGAAUCAUCAAAUGAACAACUGUUCAGUUAUGUAUAAGCUCUAAAAUGCCAGAGUCCCUAAUGGCAAGGGCUUCCCUGAUAACCUUGAUAAUCUGGUUCAUCCUGUGGUGUUAACUUAAAAAUACACAUUUGAACCUUAAUUUAAAUGUUUUUCUUUUCUGUUUAGAGAUAUGUAUAUUUACUUGCAUGCCUUUUAUCCCUCACUAACUUCUAUCACUGAUUCCUUACAAUUGUUCUCCCCUCCCACCCUUCCUGAUCUCUUCAAGGGGAUUACUAGACAGUUUUGUGUAUUCUGAUUUCUUCUCCCAGGCUUCAUCUGAACGCUUUCUACCUUCCUCUAAUCUGAACUAGAUGAAUUGGCCGUAAUUAUGAAUAGGAAUAUUAUUAAACAGAAGAACAUGUUAGUGUACAUAUAAUAGAAAAUAGGAAGUCAUCUGAAGGGCAGAGAACAUUCUACAAGUGUCCCUCAGGCCUUCUUUACUUUCCCCUGUACAGACCAUGCAGUAUUCAGUUUGUUUACACUUCAUGUGAGUAUUGAUUGGAGUUACUUGCCACUUUUAUCAGAUUGACAUCAGUUGUCAAGUCUAAUCCUACAUAAUGUUGAGAAACGAUAGAAUUCAGAACUUCAUUUUUCUUAUCUCUUAACACAGUUCUAAGCAAAAUAUGUCUCCAUUUAUCAUGGUAGGGAUCAUUGUGAAAGUCAAAAUAGUACAUAUGAAGGCAUUCUUUGAAAACAAAAGCUUAAUACAAAAUAUUGCUCAAUUUAAAUGGGUGAAAUCUUUUUCAGUUAAAAUAUUUGCAGACAAGUAUACAUGUUGAAUUAAAAGUGCAUUAAUUUUUAUAGGAAUUUGCUUUCUAAAUCUGCUUCUGAAGAGGAAAACAGGAACAUAUAUUAUGCCAAGGGUAAAAUAUCAUUUUUGGUGAAUUUGCAGAUAUUUUGUCUGAGGUAAAAUAGUUUUCUAAAAUAUAUUUCAUAUUUAUCUCAUUAAAGGUCAGUGGUAACUACCUGUCUUCAUUGAAAUUAGCCCAGAUAUGGAAAUACAUGGAAGGUUUUAGGAGGAGAGGGUUGGGAAAUCCCAUUUUUCCCCUAUGUUCAUUCAAUGGCUCCAAAGCUGGGGGUCACCUGAAAGGCCCACUUAGGUUUCCCUGUUCCAAAACAGAAGCAGCAUCCUUAGGCUCAGCCAAGCCUUUGCUGAUUCCUGACUUUGGUCACAAAAGUGAAGAAGUGAAGAAGCAGAACCGUGAAUGCGUUGGAAGGUCAUUCACUUCAGAGUUUACAUCCUGUUGGUUGCUGGAGAGGCAGUGUUGGUAUUUUGGUAUAAUGACAAGACUUAUAGAAGGAUUUUAUCAGAAGUUUUUAAUUUUCUAAAUCCUCCCUUACAGAAUUUCCAGAUUGGAAACUACUAUUUUUAUAAGAUUACCUCUGAAGUUAUUAUUUAACUCAUAUAGGAAAUGAUUUUUUUGUAAUAAGCUAUAGUUUCGUUUUAGAGUGCUCGCAAACCUUGAGAAUGUUCUGUGUUGUGGUGCUGAUUCUAGCCCAACUUUCAACACAAAAUAAUAAAUAGGACAUUUUAACCUUUGUAUUCCUAUUUUUUUUGGUGCAAGUUCAGUAUCCUAUAAUCUGCAAAGCUGAAGUAUCUCUACUCAAUACGAAUUAGACCACUUUUUAUCUGGUAAGUUUAUAUAAUGUCUUUAUACUAAAAUUAUAGGCUCUUGGCAUGGGUGAGAGGGAAUAGAGAUGAUUGUCAGAUUUCUUGUUUCAUAGCACAGGAAGCCCAAUAGUCCUUCUGUUAUACCCCAAAAUGUGUUACAGGGGGGAUAAAACAUUACUUUUAAGAAGAAGCAAGAUAUUUUGAGAAAGAGCAAGAGGAUGAGGUAUGGACUUCUCCUGUUAAUAUGAAAGAACAUUGGCUCGGCUCCCAUAGCUCAGUGGUUAAGGCCCUGGCCGCAAAUACUGGGGUUAAUGGGUUCAAACUCAGCCCGGGCCUGUUAAACAACGACGACAACUACAACAAAUAAAUAGCCAGCAUUGUGGUGGGCGCCUGUAGUCCCAGGUACUUGGGAGGCUGAGGCAAGAGAAUUGCUUAAGCCCAAGAGUUUGAGGUUGCUGUUAGCUGUGAUGCCGUGGCAUUCUACUGAGGGCAACAUAGUGAGACUCCGUCUCAAAAAAAAAACAACAACAACGAAAAAAAGAGAACAUAAUAAAGCUGUAAAAAAUCAAAGCAAUAUGUGAUUGGUUCCAGUAUAGGUUGGCCAGAAGAUCUGUGGGGAGACUAGAGCCCAGAAACAGGCCCAUGCAUAUAUGGGAACUUGAUUUUUUGACAGAUUGUAACAAGCUGUCUUUAUGAUGAAAAUACAGUAUGUACAACUUUGCAGCCUUCCCCCAAAAUAAACCAGAUGGAUUGAAGACCUAAAUAUGAAAAGCAAAACUUUUAAAUGAGAAAUCUGUAAAACUUCUCUUGACUUUGCAAAAGGGAAAGAUUUCUUUAAGGUACACGAACACAUGUCUAUAGGAAAAAGGGCUACAUUAGAAUUAAGACUUUGUAGAGCAACAGGCACAAGUAAAAGGAAAAAUUACAGACGGGAAAAAAUGUUUGCAGUACACAUAACUGUCAAAGGUUUAGUAUCUAAAAUACAUAAACAAAAGAACCUCAUACAGAAUAAAUGAGAAUAUGACAGCCAUGCAUUUGAACAGCCGUUCCGAACCUUUUGGUCUCAAGACCCCUUUACACUCUUAAAAAUUCAGAACCUUAAAUAGUUUUGGUGCUAUGUGGAUUUAUAUCUAUUGAUGUUUAUUAGAAUUCAAAUAGAGAAAAUUUAAAAAUAUUUAUUAAAAACUUAUUAAGUAAUAAGAAAAUAACUAGUUUUCAAAACAGCUUAAUGAGAAGUAUGGCACUGUUUUAUAUUUUUAUAAAUCUCUUUAAUGUUCAGCUUAAUAAAAGGUGAAUUCUCAUGCCUGCUUCUGCAAUCAUGUUGCUGUGUGUUUCAAUUAAAGUAUUUGAAGAAGAAAAUCCAGCCUCAUGUGGAUAGGUAAUUGAAAAAGAGAACUUGCAGACCCCCCGAAUGGAUCUCUAGGGAUUGCCAGGGUCCUUGGACAUGCUUACAACUGCUUUAUUAGAAAAAUGGGUAAACUUACAUGAAUGGAAAAGCUUUGAUUAGUUAGAAAAUGUGAAAAGGUGAUUAUUGUACUGGUAAUCAAGGAUUUAUGAUUUUGUUUCAUGCUUUCAUAUCGACAAGGUAAAAAGUCACAGGAUCAAGUGUUAGUGAGGAUGGAGAAAGGGAAACACUUUCACAUGUCUGGAGCAAAAAUUGGUUUAAUGUGAUGAUAUGUAAGAAAGUUGAAUGCAUACUCUAUAACCCAGCAAUUCUAGUCUGUACCUGGAGCAGCAUUUUCAACCUUUUUAAUCUCAUGGCACACGUGAACCUAUAAAGUUCUGUGCCACACUUAAAUUAUAUUGAUCAAAAAAAUGAGUAAAAGAAUAUAAUUACUGUGCUUUGAACUUCUUUCAAAAAUAAUGAUCUUUAAAAAUUUUCGGGACACACCUAAAAUCCUCUCAAAGAACACUACUGACCUAGAGAAAUCCCUGACCUAGAAUCUCACUUCUCAAAUCAUGGACCACAGAGUAGCAGCAUGGGCUUCACCGGAGAACUCGGCAGCUCUCAGGUCUUCCCUUGGUCCUGCUGAAUCAGAAUCUGCAGUUAACAGGAUUUUUCAGGUGACUCAUAAGCUCAUGAAAGCUUGAUAAUGUGCUAAGAGAAACCCAGGCAGUAUGUUCAAGGAGAUGUACGAGAAUGCUCACAGCUGAGUUGUUUGUAUCGAGGAGAAGUUGGAGAUCACCUAAAUUCUCAUGAGCAAGGAAGUGGAUAAAUUAUGGUCUAUUUAUAAAAUGGCAAACAAUUGAGCAGUUCAAAUGAAUGAACUUGAUUGCUAAUGUCAGUGUGGAUGGCCUUGAAUGAAAAUAAGCUGUCACUGAAGAUGAAAUGUAUGCCGCUUACACAGGUUUUAAAAAUACUAUCUUGAUGUUAUUUAUGUACAGAAAGUAUAAAAACAUCAAUGGGAAGGUUUAGACACCUCAUUCAGAAAAGCAGUUGCCUUGGAAUCAGAAGGGGAAGAGUAAAACUGGGUGUGGCUGUAAGAGACCUCAUCUUUUUCUUUUUUUUUUUUUAAGAUCUGAAAGAAAAUGAUACCGUUCUUUCUGGAUGGUAGGUACAUGUGGGUUUGUUACUCUAUUUCUCAUACAAUACUUCAAACAUCCAGAAAAAUACAAAUUAAUGCUCUACUUAGAAAUUAAUGCUCCACUUUGCUAGCAGAAUAUGUGCUUGCACAAAGGGGGAGAUGAAGAGUUUACGUUUACUUUUUAUUCCUGGCAUGGUCCAUAAGUGCAUUGUGACAGAGACUAUGGCCUCUCUCAAUAUACAUUCUCUCUUUCAGAACUCGGAUGUUUAGUUGGGCACAAAGCCACAUAAAGAUUACCUUCCAGCCUCCAGAUGUCAGUUCUGGCCAGAGAUCUGAGCAACUUUGGGGACAUGUCUUCAAAGAUAUGGAAGUGCUUAUUCCUUCCUUCUGCCUGCUUAAAUAAAGAGGUAGUGACUGGAGCUCUGGCUGCAUCUGGGAUCAUGAGUCCUCACCAGGGUAGAGCAACAAAAUAAUAGGCGCCUCAGUCCUUGACACCUCACAGGGGUUCUAGGAGCCUCAGGCUACCUACUUCUGCACUUGAGAGAAUAAAAUUACAUUUCUG